AUGAAAACUAUUGACCUCUCUGUACAAGAAGAUGUGGAUCUUGGAUUGAUAGUAUUCAUUAUCUGCUUAAGCGUACCUCUACUCAUAUUAAUAAUAGUUGGGAAUGCCAUAGUUAUUAUUAGUAUUUAUCGGAAAAGUUCAUCUGUAAGGUCACCGAGUGAAAUUUUUAUAUUAUCUUUAGCACUCUUUGAUUUUCUAACUGGGCUUUUUGGAAUUCCAUUUGCCGUCAUUGGAUAUCUUAUUCGAAAACAAUUUUCAUAUAUUGUGAACUGUGCAAUUUGGUAUUUUGUACCAAAUAUUAUUUGUAGUACUACAUCAAUUACGAAUCUCUUUGUAAUCUCAAUUGAUAGAUUUAUCGCAAUCAAGUACCCUCUUCGCUACCAUGUGUGGAUGUCGCCUGGAAGAGCAAUUCGAAUUUGUAUUUUUGCUGAUUUGUUUGGUAUCUUUUUUGGAAGUAUUUCGUUUAUUGCGACUGCCAUUGCGACAGUAUUUGUGUCAUCACCAAAUGUAACAUAUGAAUACGAUUGUGGGCAAUACCCUCUUUAUGAUAUUUAUGGUGGCCUAGUCAGUGAUUACGUAAUUAGACCAACAAUGACUUUGACAAUUCCUUUUCUAUUUAUUCUCUACGGAUAUAUUUUUACAAUUGCAUCAAAAAAGACAAAAGAAGCUGCUACACGCCGUGGUGAGACAGUUAGCACUCGAGAAAUGAAGAUCACCAAGACGGCAGCCAUUGUACUUCUGGGCUACACUUUGUGUGUUUCACCAAAUAUUAUUAAAAGCAACAUUCAGAUUAUUAUUAUUAUUAUUAUUAUUAUAUUAUUAUUAUUAUUAUUACUAUUACUAUAUAAUUAUUAUAUCAUUAUUACCUCCAGUGGAAUUAGCCUUGCUUUUGUGCGAAUCCUCAUACAAAGGGCCUAG